CAAACGCAAAUAAACCCCCCCAUAUCUCUCUCUCUCCUCUCAAAAAACCACACCAUAUUCACAUUUAACACUCUUCUCUCUAUCUUCCUCACACUUUAUUUUUUUGCUCUCAGUAUUUCUCUCACUGUACACCCAAUAUUAAUUCCCACCAUCUCUUAGUUUUGUCUCAAAAACACAAAAACCUUACAACUAGGGACCAAAUGGAAGCGCCAGAAUUCUAUCAAAAUACUGCUGCUUCUUUUUGCCCUCCAUUCGUCCCCGAGAAGCGUCAGUACUCUUCCGACAGCAAAGCCGUCGCCGGCGUCGGCGACCAUUUCCUCGUCGAAGAGUUCCUUGACUUCUCCAACGAAGACGCCGUCAUCGCAGAUGCCGCCUUCAACGCCGUCGCCGGCAAUUCCACAAAUUCCUCCCCCGUCACCGUCGUGGACAGCUGCAAUUCCUCCAACUUCUCCGGCUGCGAAACCAAUUUCCUCACCGAUAUCGGCUGCCAGAAUUUCGCCGACGGCCAGUUCUCCAGCGAACUCUGCGUUCCCGCGUACGACGAUUUAGCGGAGCUGGAAUGGGUGUCGAAUUUCGUGGAGGAAUCGUUCUCGAGCGAGGACCUUCAGAGGCUUCAGCUGAUUUCGGGUCUAAAAGCUCGAAACGACGUCGAAUCAUGCCACCCGGAGACCAACCAAAACAAUAUUAAUAGUAUUAAUAUUGCUAGUACAACUAAUGUUAAUAACGGGCCAAUUUUCAACUCCGAAGUGUCGGUCCCGGCAAAGGCCCGGAGCAAGCGCUCGCGGGCCCCACCAUGCAACUGGACGUCCCGGCUCCUCCUCGUCUCCGCAACGUCGUCAUCGUCCUCGUCCUCGCCAGAGCAAGACGUCGUCGUUUCGGUCCCGCCGCCAGUACCGCCUUCGACGGCCGUUACGGCGAAAAAAACGGUUAAGGCGGCUCCGAAAAAGAAGGAGAGCGGGACCGGUCCCGACGGGCAGGGGAGGAAAUGCCUGCAUUGCGCCACUGACAAGACGCCGCAGUGGCGGACGGGGCCUAUGGGCCCCAAGACGCUCUGCAACGCCUGUGGGGUCCGAUACAAUCCGGAGCCCCGCCCCCCAGCCAGUCCGACAUUCUUGCUGACAAAGCACUCGAACUCGCACCGGAAGGUUCUGGAGCUCCGACGCCAGAAGGAUUUCCUCAGAGCUCAACAACAACAACAGCACCCCCAACAACAACAACAAUUCAUUCAUCAUCAUCAUCAUCAGAACGGAAUGGUGUUUGAUCAUGCGCCAUCCAACGGCGAGGAUUACUUCAUCCACCAACACGUGGGGCCAGAUUACAGGCAGAUGAUCUAGAGUAGGCGGUAACAACAGUCAGUCAAUCUGGAGAUUUAAUUUCUGAGACUUUUUUUUUUUGGGGGGUUAAAUUUACUGGCCACCAUCACCGCCACACAGUUCAAUUUUAUUUUAAGAGGAAAAUUCACAAUUUUUUUUUCUUUAGCUUAG